GUUUUCACAGUCUUUACGUUCUAGAGACUAAGAACUGAGGAGAAGCCGCGUUGCAUUGUGGGACGGGAGGAAGUCCAGAGCACGUGGGUCGUGUAGGAAAAAAAAAAAAAAAGCAUGGCGACCGCCGGGAAGAGGAAACUUGCUCAGCUCAACGUUGAUGAGUUCCUGACAACAGGUUUUGAUUCAGGCAGUGACUCUGUAGAGGAGGAGGCGGAGAUCAAUGGGGACGUAUCUGAGAAAGAGACGAAAGCCAAGAAGGUUAAAAAGCUGAAGGUGAAGAAGAAGAAGAAAGCAGAUGGAGAUAAGGAGGAAAAGAAAGUAAAGCAACCUAAAGGCAAAGCCUCUCAGCACAAAGACCAGCUUUCUCGCCUUAAAGAAAAAGACCCAGAGUUCUACAAAUUCCUCAAAGAUAAUGACCAGAGUCUUCUGAAUUUCAAUGACUCAGAUUCUUCGGAUGAAGAGGCUGCCCUUCACCAGCUGCCCGACCACCUAGAGGAAAAGAGUGAAGAUGAUGAAGAGGAUGAUAAUGAUGGCGGUGAGGAGGAUGAUAAUGCAGAAAAGAAAAAGAAGAAAAGAUCUGAUCAGAUUCUCGUCACAUUGAAAAUGGUGCAGACAUGGAAGUCAGAAGUCAAGGUUGAUCUUCGGCCCCGACUUUUUCAUGAAAUUGCUCAAGCAAUGAAAGCUGCUGUGGCAACCACACAAGGAGAACAAGGGGAUGAUCCCAGUAAAUUCAAGGUUUCUGAUACUGCAGUUUUCAAUGCGCUAGUCACUUUCUGCAUUACAGACCUGUUUGUUCACCUUGAGAAAAAGCUUGACCUAAAGCCAGCAAAGGGAACAAAACUGAUGAACCCAUCAAGCUGUCCUCUUUGGAAAAAGCUCCGUCUUGAUAUUAAGAUGUAUCUGAACUCCGUUAUCCAGCUGCUGAGCAGUCUCACAGAAGCCACAGUUGGCGCCGCUGUUCUCCAGCAUAUUAACAGCACUCUACAUUUUUACCUAUGCUUUCCAAAACACACGCGACAACUUCUUAAGCAAGCCAUUAAUCUGUGGUGCACAGGAGAAGAAACAGUCCGAGUUUUAGCAUUUUUGGUUCUGAACAAGGUCUGCAGACACAGACAAGAUGCGUAUCUCAACGCUGUGCUGAGGAAAAUGUACAUCUCCUAUGUGAAGAACUCGAAAUUUACUUCGCCCAAUGUUCUGCCUAUGAUCAACUUCAUGCAGAGAACCCUGACAGAGAUGUACUCGCUGGACGUCCAGACCUCCUACCAGCACAUCUUCAUAUACAUCCGGCAGCUGGCCAUCCAUCUGCGCAGUGCUAUGACCCUUAAAAAGAAGGGUGCCUAUCAGUCAGUAUAUAACUGGCAGUACAUCCAUUGCUUGUUUCUCUGGUGCCGAGUACUGAGCACAAUCCACCCCAGUGAAGUGCUGGAGCCUCUGAUCUAUCCACUGGUCCAGGUCAUUACUGGUUGUAUCAGGCUUGUCCCAACCGUGCGAUACUUCCCCCUGAAGAUGCACUGUAUAAGGGCCUUAACACUGCUGUCAGAAAGCACCGAAGUAUUCAUCCCUGUGUUACCUUUUAUACUGGAGAUGUUGCUGCAAGUGAAUUUUAACAAACGGCCGGGAAGAAUUAGCGUAAAACCGAUCAACUUCGCUGUGAUCCUGAAGUUGUCCAACGUGAACCUCCUGGAGAAAGUGUUCAGGGAUGGACUCAUUGAGCAGAUUUAUGACCUGGCACUAGAAUAUGUGCACACCCAGGCCCACACCAUUGGGUUCCCUGAACUGGUACUUCCCUGCAUUAUACAGCUGAAAUCGUUCCUGAAGGAAUGUAAAGUGUCCAAUUACUGCAAGCCAAUGCGCCAACUGCUGGAUAAGAUCCAAGAGAAUUCCUCGUACAUAACUAGCAAGAGGCAGAAGUGUGCCUUUGGGGUGUCUGACAGAGAUGCUGUGCUUAAAUGGGAAAAGCAAACUAAGCAAGAGGGAACCCCACUGAGCAAGUAUUACACCAACUGGAAGAAACUCCGGGAGAAGGAAAUUCAGCUAGAGAUCAGUGGCAAAGAGAGGAUGGAGGACCUAAAUCUCCCAGAGAUCAAGAGGAGAAAACUAGAGAAAAAGGAGGAAGAUAAGAAAGAAUUCAAAGACCUGUUUGAGUCUGACAGUGAUUCAGAGAGCGGCGGAGGGGGUCUGUCUCUGAAAGGAAAGUCAAAAUCAAAGAGCGGAGAUGACUCAUCCGAUGAGAGCUCUGAUCUAAGCAGCGAGGGAGAGGAGGGCGAGUACGAGGUGGAAGACGACGACAGCAGCAAUUUGGAUGGGGAAUCGCAGGAUGAAGACGAGGAGGAGGAGGGGGGAGAAGCCAAAGCCCACAAGAAAAAGAUCCAGAAGAAGAAUAAGGGGGCGCAGCGCCUCUCUCAGGCCGACCUGAAGGAACUAGCCAAAGGGGAAGAAGAUAUUGUGCAGGAUCUCGAAUUCUCAGACGAUGAGUAAACACCCGCCGAGUGUACCGGUAACUCUUUGUCUGCUGGACACACUCACUAUCGUUUGGGCUCCUGCAAGUGUCUGACAGAUUUUACUAUGCCCCAAGUUGCCCCGGUGCCAGUCUUUCAUUGCAGCGCCAGCACCAUCAUCAAUGCACACGGGAAUCCUAUACCAUCCCUAAUAUGCCCUGCACCCCAAAAAUCCAUCACGAAGAACAGACACAAUGAUGAAGUGUUACAGAACGCGGAGGGAAAAGUGCGGUGAUUAAUAUUUCAGCGCCUGGGGGCUGCGCACAGUCACAAUGCAGUUAAGUUACUGGGGGAAUAUAUGAUGCUGUUACCGUGAUUUGGGACCAGCUGCGUAUUCCUUCAGUAAGGCAUCCCGGGGACUCUACAUGUCAGUCACCUGCUAAAUAUUACAUUAACUGUUCGAUUGCCGGCAAGCAUUACACUUCAUUGGAAGACCUCAUUCACAUGUCACAUGAUGCCGCUGUCUUGCAUUGGACGUCAGUGUACGGACUAUUUAUGGUUCGGUGUUGUAAUAUUGUGUACAGGACAUGUUAACAGAUACUAUUUUCUUUUUUAAUAUAAGACCCUGAACUUCCCUUCCAAAUUUGUUGAGUGUUUAUUUAAU